AUGCAGGUGUCCAUAGCGUGUAAUGUGGGGGGGGGCGGAGGAGGCGGGGCCAACGAGCACCCAAUGAAGGAGAGGCGGGUAGCGAUGAACACCAGCAGCGCCCCCGCCUGUCAGACAAAGGUCAGGGCGGAGCCGGCGAAUAGACACACCCUCUUAGGCCACGCCCACAUGAAGGAGGCCCUCGGUCGUCAUAGCAACAUGAAGUACAGGAAUCUUGGGAAAUCUGGACUGAGAGUGUCCUGUUUAGGACUUGGAACAUGGGUGACAUUUGGCUCUCAGAUCUCUGAUGAGGUACUCAGUAUGUGUGUGUGUUGUAGUGUAU